UUUGCACAGACAAGAGUUGGAGAGAGAGCGGAGAAACCCGACACGACAGCCUUAUCAGCUCCCGAGCACUUCCCAUAAACGUCUUCACUCAACUGGAGGUUUUAUUAAUUUUUUUUCCCUCUCCUCAAACUUUUUGAAGCUUCGCUGGGGGGAAAUGUAAUUUUCCUUUCGAAUCCGCUUAAUAGAUACAUUGUGUGCAGCUCCGCUGUGUCUUUCUCUGCGGAUAGCAACCCGUCCGCCUCUUCUUCAGAGCAGCACUCGGCACUAAUUUCACUGGUGGAUUUUUACAGUCUGUCCCCUUCCCCCUACCUCCUCCGCUGUGUGGGAAUAGUGCAACCCAACGUUUUUGUUAGUUUUAAAGACAAUCUGUGGAUUGAAUGUGCCGGACCCUCAGGAUUAUAUCAUUCCAGCGUUUUCCAUUUCACAUUUGCCAGGAAAUCAGUGGCGCAUAACCUUUAAAUUAUCGUCAUUCCGUUACUUUUUAUAUUUUCCGUUGAAUGGACAAACUCAAGCAAAGACGUCUCUCCAAUUUUACCAGAUAUUUCGGUUCUUUAGUUUUGUCGACGAGUGAUACGGAGGAUUCAGAUUUUAGAUGAAUACCGUCAGAGCUGGGCACUCGAAAGUAAAACGGUGUAAACUAAAGUAAAUGAUGAUUUAAAGUAUCAUUCAUUUAUUCUUUUGCUGUGCUUUAUUUUGUGUAGCAAACGCAACUGGUCAUGUUAAACCUGAUUAUUUAGAAUUGUACCUUUUAUGAAAUGCAACUUUUUAAAAAAAAAUUUACUUUAUAAAGUUUCAUACAAACUGUGAUACAGUUAAUUGUUUUUCUUACACAUUAAUUCAAAACACCCAGUUGUUUUAGAAAAAGAAACUGUAAGCAAAGAUGGAUGGAAAAAUGGUGGCGUACACCUGCACAUUCCUUGUAGCAGUCUGCCUACUUUUAUGGGUUGUCCCCAGCAGCUCUAAGGCAUUGGCUUUGGAGGAGGAUGUUAGCGAUGUUCAGCAAAGUCUUCUUCAAGGCAGAAGGGCAAUUUCUAAAAGACAUGAAGAGACUAGAGAAGAUCCAGCUGGCUUAUUGCCUGAAGAAAUUUCUGACACUAAGAAAAAAUUGAAGGUGAAAGCCAAAUCCAAAAAGUCAGUGGUUGAAAAUGCAGAAGCAAAGGAAAAGAAGAAGGAAAAGGAGAGCAAGCCCAAGAAAGAAAAGCCACCUAAGCCCACCAAGAAGCCCAAGCCCACAAAGAAGCCUAAGCCUCCCAAACCAACUAAGAAACCUAAACCAUCCAAGAAACCAAAGGAGAAGGUAGACAAACCAGCCAAAAAACCUAAAGACAAAAAGACAAAAGAAACAAAGGCUGACACAGAAGAACCAGCUGAAAAGAUCAUUGAGGAAAUCAAGCCUAAAGAAGAUGAAGAGAAAACGACAUCUCUGGAUGAAGAAGAGGAGAGGAUUCUGAUUGAACUGGGAUGGGGCAAAUAUGACUUCACACAGUCUCCCACAGAGCCACAUAAAGAAAAAGAAAUUUCAAAAGAAAAUGGAACCAAGAGCCCACUAACACCCCUGACAGAUAUUGGACAAGAUGUCAAAAAAGAAGAUGAAGACUACUGGGAUGUCAAAUAUGAACUUCCAGAAACAACAACAGAAGAGAAAGAAGACUUUGGACAGCCAGUCACUGAGGACUGGAGGAUAUACCCUACAGUGGAAGAAGAGGGCCCGACUGCACCUCCAAUUGAGGGAACAUGGUUUGAUGACUAUGACUACCCAUUCCUCAAACCAACCAAACCAGCACCAAAGAAAAAGGAGGAAAAGGAACCUGAAGUGACAACCGUAGAAUACAGCCCUCCUCCCAAGGUUAAAAAAGAAUGUCCUCCACUUGGCCUGGAAUCCCAUAAAGUGGACAAUGACCAGUUGUUGGCUUCCUCCAUGUUACGGUAUGGGACAGGUCCCCAUCGUGGCAGACUUAAUAUGCAGUCUAAUUACAAGGCAGACCAAGAGGAGGAGGAUGAUGACUUUUAUGAUGGUGCCUGGUGUGCAGACAAUGAGGAGACCCAGCACUGGUAUGAAGUAGAUGCCAGGAGAGAAGUAGAAUUCACUGCAGUGAUCCUACAGGGUCGAGAUUCACCAGUACAUAAUGAUUUUGUCACUUCCUACUUUGUGGCCUUCAGCAAUGAUAGUCGUACUUGGACUGUGUACCAUGAUGGCUAUGCUGAGUGGCUGUUUUUUGGCAAUGUGGACAAAGACACCCCAGUCAUGUCUGAAUUUUCUGAGCCAGUUGUGGCUCGGUAUAUAAGGAUUCUUCCACAGAGUUGGAAUGGAAGUCUGUGCAUGCGCCUGGAGAUCAUGGCCUGCCCUCUGUCAUCCCUAAACAGCUAUUCCUGGCAGAACGAGGUGACAUCCGUGUACGAUUUGGACUUUCGGCAUCACAAUUACAAGGACAUGAGACAGAUGAUGAAAGUAAUCAAUGAGGAUUGUCCAUCUAUUACACGCAUCUACAACAUUGGCAAGAGCUUUCGUGGACUAAAAAUUUAUGCUAUGGAGUUUUCAGAUAAUCCAGGAGAACAUGAGACAGGGGAACCAGAGUUCCGUUACACAGCUGGACUACAUGGGAAUGAGGUGCUGGGACGGGAAAUGCUCCUUUUGCUUAUGCAGUUUAUGUGCAAAGAAUAUAAUGAUGGCAACCCACGGGUACGUCGCUUGAUAGAAGACACUCGUAUCCACCUGGUACCAUCUGUAAACCCUGAUGCCUAUGAGCUUGCUUAUGAAAUGGGGUCUGAAAUGGGCAACUGGGCUUUAGGCCACUGGACUGAGGAAGGCUACGACCUCUUUAUAAAUUUUCCAGACUUGAACACCAUAUUGUGGGGUGCCCAGGAACGGGGGUGGGUCCCCAAACUAGUGCCCAAUCAUCAUAUCCCAAUUCCAGAGAACUUCCUUUCAGAGAAUGGCUCCGUUGCUAUAGAAACCCGAGCAAUAAUUGCCUGGAUGGAGAAGAUUCCAUUUGUGUUGGGGGCAAACAUCCAUGGUGGGGAGCAGAUGGUAACAUAUCCCUUUGAUAUGGUGCCCACAACCAGUGAAGGUGCUGUAAGGCGUCAGGCAGAAAGUGAAGAAGACGAAGAGCAGCGGCACCACAGGCAAGAAAGUGUCCCAGAACCCCACCAGACUCCUGAUGAUUCAAUCUUCCGGUGGUUGGCUAUUGCUUAUGCUUCAACCCACCAGACUAUGACAGAGACUCAUCGUGGAAUGUGCCACACUGAUGACUUCACUUCUGGACAGGGCAUCAUCAAUGGAGGCUCUUGGAAGUCCACAUCUGGCAGCAUGAAUGACUUCAGUUAUCUCCAUUCCAACUGCUUUGAGUUGUCGCUGUACUUGGGCUGCGAUAAGUUUCCACACGAAAGUGAGCUGCCACAAGAAUGGGAGAACAACCGAGAGGCCCUCUUAGUUUUCAUGGAACAAGUGCAUCGUGGAAUUAAAGGAGUAGUCAAGGAUCAGGAGGGUAACGGCCUUGCCAAUGCUACUAUUUCGGUUGAAGGGAUAAACCAUGACGUCAAAACAGCUGUCAAUGGUGACUACUGGCGUCUCCUGAACCCAGGAGAAUAUCGAGUAACAGCUCGUGCAGAAGCAUUUUCUCCAGCAACCAAAAUUUGUGUCGUUGGCUAUGAAAUUGGUGCAACUCGGUGCAACUUUGUUUUGGCCAAGUCCAACUGGAAGAGGAUUCAUGAGAUCAUGAAACUGAAUGGCAACCGGCCCAUAAAACUCUCAUAUGGUGGCAACGGCGGGAAAUGGAACCGCAUGGAAGGACUGAGCCCGGAAGAGCGGAAGAAAAGAUUACGCCGCUUGCGAAUCUUGAGGCUGCGCAAGCUGAGGCGGCUGAGAUUGCAGAAAGUACAAUCUAACAACACUACAACAGAGGCUCCUACCACUACCACUACCACAACCACCACUACCACAACUACAACCACAACUAUACCACCCACCUUCGAAUUGGAAACAGGCACUUAUGAACCUUGGAUAUAUGAGGAUGCUGAACCAACAGAAGAAAACUACUCCUUUGGGUUAAAGGAAAACUACAAUUAUUCAUAAAAACCUUGAUGUUCAAUGAAGGUCUAACUGGACUGAAGCACAAGCAGCUGAGCAUUCCAAGAUGGAAACCAAAUUAAGAAAUCAAGUGGAGCAGACACCCAAGUCAAAUUGGACUCCACAAAUCCAAGCCUGUUAGAAAACAAAAUAAAGAUUGACAUGUCUUUGCUAGUGGACCUUGUUGGAAAAGUGGAAUGUACCCAUUGUAGUCCAAUGGAUUAUAUCGUGUGAAGAAACAUGGCAACUGUGUAGAAAUCCUGCUGAAAAGUAUGAUGGCUCUAGUUUGACCCUACAGAAUUUGUCUUUAAUUACAAUCCACAGUGAGCACACUAAAAGCAUUGCAUCUCCUCACAUGAAAUGUCUUAUGUCAGCAGUUAUUGUUUCCCCAGGACAGCAAAAGACUUUAGAGGCCAUGCAUUAUCAACCAGUCUUUCA